AUGGAACAGAGCGCCUUCCUCACAGAUCUGGAACUUCCACCUCAAGCACUUUAUCUCGGUCGCCCUCGUUCUGGCUCCGACCCCGUGUUCUCGACAUCUUUGAUCCACGGGAAACAUUACAUCGACAAGAACACAGGCAAGCGUGAAUACGGCGGUCCAAAUCUCAAGACGCUUGCUAAGCAGAAGGGCAAGGAGUGGUACUCUUAUAUGUACACCAAUGUGAACGAGGAUAUGAUUGUCUGGGAGGGUACAUUUGCCGAUAUUCAUGCAAGUCCAGACACUGUUUCCUCGGCGGAUGGAUACUCUCUUGUCAGCAGCUACAGCUUCAUGGACAAAGAGAAGACCACAAUUUCUGUACCUGGAUCUCCCCCAGUAUUCAAAAGACCAAACGCGGAAGACUUUCCACUUCGUGUUACGCCUGAUACUGGCUAUCAUUUCAUGGACGAGCACGCGGAACGUGCUCCAGUAUACCAGUACGAACCCGCUUUCCAGGCCAUGGCUUUGAUGAGCCCUGAUACCCGCUUGAACGACGUAGAUAUUGUGAUCAACCGCACCACAAUACUUAGCCUGAUCAAGUUCUUGAAGGGUACUUCCUUCCAAGAGUUUCAUCUCCAUCUUGACUUCGAGAAGAAUACCCUCCUCAUCGGUAGACAGGUGCGCAACGCGAAGGUUAGAUCUACGCGAAACUCAUACGGUCGGAACUUUGAGACGGCGCUUACCGAAUCCGAAAUCGAUGGCGCGACGACUCAUCACCGAAUGCUAAAGUACAAGUUUGGCUCUCUAACUUUAGUCGUACGUCAUGAGGCUGAUGCAUACGAUCCGACUAUUGUAACACCACAGGACCCUGAUGUGCUGCCGACUGUCCACCCCAGCUUUGAACCAGGCGACUACGACGCUGAGGCCGGUCAAUGCGAUGAAUCGCAGUCCACGAUAGUCAUUCCUCAAGGCAAAGCUGUCCCACAGCACCAGAUCAUGGAGCUAAAAAGCAAUGCUAGCUCUCGGCCCCUCGAUCAAAUGUGGCUCGGUCGAACACCCACCUGCUGCCUGGGUGGGAAGCACAACGCGGCCUUCGAUGGAACCUAUAAGCGAAGGGACAUUCGAAUAAAGAGUGUCACCCAGAAAGGCGACCAUAAAGACAAUUACAAAGGUUUCGAGAGUUGGGAAGCAGAUAACCAGGAGGUGCUCCAGAAGCUUGUGACGCUGUUGCAAUUGUUGCGGAAGACGGUCGACGAGAAGACCGAACAGCGGUCGGCAGUCUUGGUGGCAAUGAGCGGUGACGACAUGAAGAUAUACCAGACGAAGAAGCGGAUCGGGGCGCUGCCGAAAGAGAUUGUUGAUCGUUUCUGGGACUAA